GAGACAGUGUUGGAAGAAAAAAAUGAAGCAAUCGAGACAAUGGGCAGAGUAGAUGAAGGUGUAGAAGAAUUCUUUACCAAAAAAAUCAUCCCUGACUAUGCACCAAAAAGCUGGUGGGAGGAGUCAAACCCUGUCCAAGCCACUCCCUCUGAACCAAGCUCUACCCCCUCAACCACCACCUCCUUCCCCUCUUCAUCUGACAUCUUCACUCCCUCCACCACCACCACCACCACUGUCACCCCUCCUUGUAUUUCACCUGAAAUGCCAUGUCCAUCUCCCAAUGUUUCACCCCUUUGUGCAACUUCUACUAACACCGUCUGCAGUUGUGUCGACUCCACCACGACCACGAACCCCUCCAAAAAUAUAAAGAAAAAGUUUGGUGAUUUCUUCGCCUUCAAGAGGGCUCGAGCCGGUCGAGCCGCCAAGGUGGGAGGUGGAGAGGAAGGAGGAGAGUGGGUCAAGGUCAAAAAGACCUCCAUUGUUGAUCUCAUUCGACCCCUCCGUGACACCAAAGAAAGGGAGAGAAAAAGGGAGAGGGUGGGUGGGUCAGAGGAAGAGGCUAACGUUUGUAACGAUGCCACUGCCAGAGAAGGAACGGACAACGCCGGCAACCAUCUAGCAGGCAAAGUGGGGGAAACUACACCCCUUGAGAUUUCCUUCACCAUCACCACCAGCCCUGACCUGGCCUCGCCUUUCCAACCCAAACUCCAAGAUGCAGACGUUCCUGUUUUGCCAGGUCACAGACUCAGUCCUGAAGUAGUUUCCUCUCUAACUGAGCAGGAGAUGCAGUCCCGAGGGACUCCAUAUGGGGAGAAAAGACAGAGGAUGACCAAGAGACUGAGAGAUGCCAAGAGCCAGAGUCUCAUACUGCUGACAGGAUCAGAGGCCGAGGACAAGGACAAUACACCCAGUAAGAAACAUGCAUCAGAAAGCACAACUAGCUUUGAACAGAAACUUCAGGCGAUGCUGCAGAGAAUGGGCGUGGCCAAAACUCCACCUGUCAACACCAAGCUGAGCCAGAAUAAAGAUGAGGAACUGAGAAAAGCCAACUCAGAAGGUUCUAUCCUGGACAAACCUGAACCUCCUCCCACACACGCCAAGCCCAGAACCAUGUCCACUUCAUCAGCUGACCCCAGGUAUCCACUGAGACCACAGGAUUCCACCCGGUUAGAGUCCCUGCUUCACCCAAAUUCUGCUCUCCUCGACCGCACCACAGGACCUCUGCCACCCAGACCUUCAGCUAAACCCCCAGCCCCCAUUCCAGCUGUUCGUCCUUCCUCUGCUCCUUUUUCCUGCAGCCUGACAGAGACUGAGAUCACAGCUCGAGCUGAAACUGCAGUUCAGAGCUGAAGACAGUCCUACAACGGUCCCCUGUCCGGUUCAGAGGCAACAGGUAUGACCUGCCUUCUUGUAAAGAAGACAAAGCACCAGGAACUGAUGCUGGUGACAUGAGAAAACUGUCCAACGAAGGAAAAAAGGAUUCUGUUCAGCAGGAGGACCUGAAGCCAGACAGAGGAGCGAGGGCCUUUGAGGGUAUGGUGGCUGAAACCAAGCGUUCACUUCCAGAAAAAGAAGGACCGCCCCACUCAACCUGUCCUCAGGCUCAGCAUGAUGUGACGGAACCCAGAACCCUUACUUCCAAAGCCCCGCCCACAUUGGAGAGACCUCCAGAAAUGACCCAAACUCCCGGAAAGUCACCUGGAAGUUCUGCAUCCAACAGAAAAAUCUGCAGCGCAGUCCCCCAAACUCUGACAGAACUGCUCGCGUCCCCACCAGCACAGGGGAACGUCUCCACCCCGACCCUUGGUGCAACUAAAUCUACAGACAUCCCCCCCUCGAGUCCCCUGUCCCCCGAGAAAGACAGCUCGGCUGCAGUGGGUGGAGGACAGAGCACACAGGAGACAAAGCUGGACGAGCCAGCAGAACAUAGAGCUAAGAGCCCCUCAUCUGAGUGAUGCACAGAAACACACCUGUUUAAACACAAGGAGGUGUGUGUUUGUGUGUGUGUGUGUGUGGGGAGGGGGGUACAUCUCAUCUGGCUGCCACGGGUCAUAACAGCACCUCGGGUCAAAAGUUUUGAGAAUGACACGAGUUUUGCUUACAAAACGUUUGCUGCUUCGGUGUUUUCAGCUCUUUUAUCAGAUACUUGUUCCCAAAACCACUCAGUUAUUACUUCUAGCACUCCACCAUGCGAACACUUUUUUUUGUCACAAAACUUCAUGGAUAGUUGGUAUGGAGGACCAAACCUAUCAUUAUUGGAAAUAAAUGU